UCAUAACUCAGCAGGAGAGGAAGAGAAACCACAAAGCUACUGACAAACACUUUAUAAUGAUCCUUUAUGUUGUGGAGUUUAAAGCGUCUGGAUUAUUUAAUCACUGGAUUAUAAAGCAGAGGAAGAAGAAGAAGGAGCCUAAAGAUCAUGGCACAUGCGAGUGCUGCCUCGGCGCUAGCUAACCAAUCACAGCAAGGGAACUCCAGCCUGCUCAAUGAUUGGCCAGGGAGGUCAGCGGAGUACAGUGAUGCAGAGCUGGUGCUGCUGGGUGUGGCAAUGGCUAUCCUGGUCCUGGCCAUCGUUUUUGGUAACGUGCUGGUGAUCACGGCCCUCCUGCGGUUCCAGCGGCUCCAGACAGUCACCAACCUCUUCAUCGCCUCGCUGGCGCUCGCUGACCUCAUCAUGGGUUUGGUCGUGGUCCCGUUUGGGUCCAGUUACAUCCUCCUGGGAGCCUGGCAGUUUGGAAACUUCAUGUGUGAGUUCUGGACAGCCACUGACGUGCUGUGUGUGACGGCCAGCAUUGAAACCCUCUGCGUGAUUGCUCUGGACCGCUACCUGGCCAUCACAUCACCGCUUCGCUAUCCAACGAUACUCACCAGGGGUCGGGCCUUUGCAGUGGUGUUCGGGGUCUGGGUCGUGGCCUCUCUCAUCUCCUUCCUGCCCAUCCACCUGAAGCUGUGGGUGUCCAAUGACGACAAAGCUCGCCAAUGCUUGGCCGACGAGUUCUGCUGUGACUUCAACACCAACGAAGCAUACGCAGUCUCCUCCUCCAUCGUGUCCUUCUACCUGCCGCUGGUGGUGAUGAUCUUCCUGUACAGCCGGGUCUUCCAGGAGGCUCAGAAGCAACUGGAGAAGAUCAGAGGGAGGGAGAGGCACUUCAAUCACUUGCAUUACAACACACAGCUGACUUAUCUGGACGAUAACGCUGCAAUGAGUAAACUCAAAGCGGGAGCUGAGGAUGGGGAGGAAGUGGGGGAGGACAUUUUGAACAUGGAGAAAACAGGAGGUAUAGAGGCUCUGAAGGGAAAGGUUGAAGGAAAACACUCCGCGACAAGGCGCCUUAAAUUCUGUCUGAAGGAGCACAAGGCGGUGAAGACUUUAGGGAUCAUUAUGGGAACCUUCACUCUGUGUUGGCUGCCCUUCUUCAUCCUCAACAUCCUCAUGACUUUCCUCGACCUCAAGGAAGAUAGUCACAAACUGCUCUUCAGACUCCUCAACUGGCUGGGUUACACCAACUCAGCCUUCAACCCGCUCAUCUACUGCCGCAGCCCGGACUUCAGGCACGCCUUCCAGGAGAUCCUCUGCCCGAGGGGCAAAGCGGGGAGAAGAUGGGGGUGGUGCAGGGAGAGAGAUUGUUACUCGAAGCCCCCGGGUAGGAUGAACGGGAACUCAGCGCUAAACGAUGAUGUUCAGAGGAAGCCAGUGUGGAAAGGCGGUUUGGAGAACUCUGUCCCAGACUCCACGACGCUAACUGUGGCUCCUCUGUCUCUCAGCUGUGAGCAGGCUUUGGAUGUAGCUCCGGGUUCCUUGACAGGCUGGCAGGUGAACGGUUCUGCAAAAGAGAACUGUCAGGAAAAUCUGGCUUCUAAUGCUUGACCAAUGAAAAUGUUUGACUUUGCAUGUGUGUGCAACGCCAAGCAGUAAACAGAAGUUUGAUGAUGGUCCAAAUGUCUGCUUUUGGUGAAGUAUGAUUCACCUCUCUGGUCUUUCAUUAGGCUGUAGCUUGUAACAUUUUAGCUAACACUUCAUUAGAUGUUUUUCAAUGGAUGUUA